GUGCACAGUACGCACAGCACAGUGUGUAACCGUAACGUAACCUAGUCAGUGAGGAGUGAAUAUUCAAGGGCUGAAAGGGAAGGUGGAGUUGUUGAUAGUUUGGGUCAAUUGAAGUCUAAGAGAAGAGAGAGCGAAGAAAGAGAUCAGAAAUGGCGUCCAAAGCUCCAAAGAAGGCCAAUCUCUUGGAUCACCACUCCAUCAAACACAUCCUUGACGAGUCUGUCUCUGAGGUGGUAACGAGUCGUGGGUAUGUGGAAGACGUGAGAUUGAGCAAUGUGAGGCUUGUCAUUGGGGCCAUCAUCAUCGUCAUUGCUCUCUUCGCCCAGUUUUACAAGAAGAAAUUCCCUGAAAAUAGGGAUUUUCUCAUAGCCUGCAUCGCCCUAUAUGUGAUCUUCAAUGGACUAUUGCAGCUGAUCAUAUACACUAAGGAGAAAAAUGCCAUUCUGUUCACUUAUCCACCCGCUGGAUCCUUUACUAGUACCGGUUUGGUGGUUUCCUCCAAAUUACCUAGAUUUUCUGACAUGUACACACUCACUAUAGCAAGCGCUGAUCCAAAAUCAAUUUCUGCAAAUGAACCAGUACAAUUUACCAAAAGUGUUACUGAGUGGUUCACCAAGGACGGACUCUUAGUUGAGGGCCUUUUCUGGAAGGAUAUAGAAGCUUUGAUUGCUCAAUACACCAAAGAACCAAAGAAGAGCAAGUAGGAUGGAGAUAUGAACUUUGGUUAUGUGGGUAACUUUUUGGAUGAGAAACAUAUAUCUGGAUAUGGUUUAUAAUUCAAUACUUAGACAUUUAAAAUAGAACUGAUGGAAUCGAGCUUUCACCAGCUUUAGGGCACAAUAUAUUCCCAUAUUUCGUCAGUUUAUUCGCAGAAAAGGCUCAAAACCGUAUUUUCAUUAAACCUUCUAAAUAACAAUUAUUGGUUAUCGGACA